UCGCCCGAGUGCUUAUAUGUGCCUGUCUUGGGGGAGCUGUAUCCGCAGCUGCCUGAAUUAGCUCAAUAAUUUCAAGUGCCAAAGAAACAACAAGUGAGACGGUAUGGAGGCACAAGAGUUGCAGGAGAAGUCCAGCUUUGAUCACGAGUCCCUCAAGGAACCGAGAGAUCCCAAGAACAGCAAGGGGGGAUGGAUCACAUUCCCUUUCCUCGCAGUGGCAAUCCUGGGUCUCGGGUUGGCGGCUGGAGGUGCCAUGUCCAACAUGGUGGUCUACCUGGUAACGGAGUACAACGUGCCCAGCGUCGACGCCGCACAGAUCUCCACCAUCAUCUCCGGCUCCAUCAGCCUUGCCCCGGUGCUCGGCGCCGUCGUUGCCGACGCUUUCUUCGGAUCUUACCCCGUCGUCGCCGUCGCCAUGGUCAUGUCCGUCCUGUCCUUGGUGAUGUUCACGCUCACGGCGAGCCUUCGGGUCCUGCGUCCCGCGGCGUGCCAGGCCGGCGCCGGCCCGUGCGAGCAGGCCUCGGCCGGGCAGAUGGCGGCUCUGUACGCCGGCGUGUUCCUGCUCUGCCUCAGCUCGGCGGGGGCGCGCUUCAACCAGGCCACCAUGGGCGCCAACCAGUUCGACGGCGCCGCCGACCGGGACGUCUUCUUCAACUGGUACUUCAUCUUCCUCUACGCCUCCUCCGUGCUCGGCGCCACCCUGAUCGUCUACAUCCAGGACACUGUGUCCUGGGCUCUCGGCUUCGGCAUCUCAUGCGCCGCGAGCGUCGUCGGUCUCGCGGCGCUGCUCCUUGGCGCGAGGUACUACCGGCAGCCCCCCGCUCAGGGCAGCCCGUUCACGGGGAUCGCUAGGGUGGUCGUCGCCGCCGUGCGAAAGAGAAAGGUCAGCAUGGUGGCGUCAGAGGAGUUAAAAUAUUACAACGGGCCAAGUCGGUGUGACACGGACAGCAAGACCGCGGGCCACGGCGUCCAAGCUCCCGGCGACAGCUUUAGCUUCCUGAACCGUGCUGCGUUGAUCACCGAUGGCGACCUUGACGCAGCAGACUGUUCAGUGGUGCGGCCGUGGCGCAUCUGCACGGUGGAGCAGGUGGAGGAUUUGAAGACGGUGGUGCGCAUCCUGCCGCUGUGGAGCGCGGCCAUCGUCCUCAGCAUCUCCAUCGGCGUGCAAAUCAACUUCACCGUCCUCCAGGCGCUCGUCAUGGACCGUGCCGUCGGUCGCUUCAACGUACCAGCGGGCUCCAUGAUCGUCGCUAGUCUACUCUCCGUCAUCAUCUUCCUCGGCCUCCUCGACCGCAUCCUCCUCCCGCUCUGGAAGCGGCUCACUGGGCACACACCAACACCCCUGCAGUUAGUCGGCGUGGGCCACGCGCUCACCGUGCUGAGCAUGGCCGCUUCCGCCAUCGUCGAGCGCCGCCGCACCGCCACCGUGCGCGCGCACGGAGAGGAGGGCAACCCGAUGUGGGUGUCGCCGUUGUCUGCGAUGUGGCUGAUCCUGCCGUUCGCCGUGUCCGGGGCGGGCGAGGCACUGCACUUCCCGGCUCAGGUGACGCUCUACUACCAGGAGUUCCCUCCGUCGCUGAAGAACACCGCCACGGGCAUGAUGGCCAUGAUCGUCGCGCUCGGCUUCUACCUCAGCACCGCCCUCGUCAAUAUUGUUCAGCGCUCCACGACUUGGCUGCCAGAUAACAUGAACGCCUCCAAGUUGGAAAACCUCUACUGGCUGCUCACUGUGCUGGUCGCCGUCAACUUCGGGUACUACCUUACAUGCGCCAAGCUGUACAGGUAUCAGAACAUCGGGAAGUAGCUCAGGGGCAACACUCGUUGCGCUGCGUGUCAUGUGCUGGGUGAAGGCGUGCUUCCUGUAUGCUAACCUGAAGAUCCAUGUCUACUUGUACAAUGAGCUCUCCAGUGAGGAGGUCACGAGGGUUAUGUUUCCUCCUAUUUGUGCGCAGUAAAAGUAGGAAUAAGAAUGGUGAAGUGUCUUACCGACUGGACAAAUUACUUCAUUAAAUUUGUGUUACCGUUAUC